GCCAUGCGGCUCCCGGGCCGGGGGCCUGGGCUCGGGCCCGCGCCGCCCCCUGCGCGCCUCGCCCGCUGAGCCCGCGCCCGCCGGGGCGCCGCCCGGCACCAUGGUGCAGAAGUCGCGCAACGGCGGCGUGUACCCCGGCCCGAGCGGGGAGAAGAAGCUCAAGGUGGGCUUCGUGGGGUUGGACCCCGGAGCGCCCGACUCCACCCGGGACGGCGCCCUGCUCAUCGCCGGCUCCGAGGCCCCCAAGCGCGGCAGCAUCCUGAGCAAACCGCGCGCGGGAGGCGCGGGCUCCGGGAAGCCCCCCAAGCGCAACGCCUUCUACCGCAAGCUGCAGAAUUUCCUGUACAAUGUGCUAGAGCGGCCGCGCGGCUGGGCGUUCAUCUACCACGCCUACGUGUUCCUGCUGGUCUUCUCCUGCCUCGUGCUGUCGGUCUUCUCCACCAUCAAGGAGUACGAGAAGAGCUCGGAGGGAGCGCUCUACAUCUUGGAAAUCGUGACCAUUGUGGUGUUCGGUGUGGAGUACUUUGUGCGGAUCUGGGCGGCAGGCUGCUGCUGUCGGUACCGUGGCUGGCGGGGGCGGCUCAAGUUUGCCCGGAAGCCCUUCUGUGUGAUAGACAUCAUGGUGCUCAUUGCCUCCAUCGCCGUGCUGGCCGCUGGCUCCCAGGGCAACGUCUUCGCCACGUCGGCGCUCCGGAGCCUGCGGUUCCUACAGAUCCUGCGCAUGAUCCGCAUGGACCGGCGUGGUGGCACCUGGAAGCUGCUGGGCUCCGUGGUCUAUGCCCACAGCAAGGAGCUGGUGACUGCCUGGUACAUCGGUUUCCUGUGCCUCAUUCUGGCCUCCUUCCUGGUGUACUUGGCUGAGAAGGGGGAGAAUGACCACUUCGACACCUAUGCUGAUGCCCUCUGGUGGGGCCUGAUCACCCUGACGACCAUUGGUUACGGGGACAAGUAUCCCCAGACCUGGAACGGGAGGCUCCUGGCCGCAACGUUCACCCUCAUUGGCGUCUCCUUCUUUGCUCUUCCCGCGGGCAUUUUGGGGUCUGGCUUUGCUCUGAAAGUUCAAGAGCAACAUCGGCAGAAGCACUUUGAGAAGAGACGGAACCCCGCGGCGGGCCUGAUCCAGUCGGCCUGGAGGUUCUAUGCCACCAAUCUGUCCCGCACGGACCUGCACUCCACGUGGCAGUAUUAUGAGCGCACCGUGACCGUGCCCAUGUACAGCUCGCAAACUCAAACCUACGGGGCCUCCAGACUGAUCCCACCCCUGAACCAGCUGGAGCUGCUGCGGAACCUCAAGAGUAAAUCUGGGCUCACCUUCAGGAAGGAGCCUCAGCCGGAGCCCUCUCCAAGGCCGGCGGGAGACUUUAUGUGCAGCCCCCUCAGUGUCGUUGCUCAGAUCCAAGUGCUGCUGGUGGACCCUGAGCCCAGAGCCGCCCUGCGGGUGGGCCCGUGCGUCCUGUCCGCCAGGACUAACUGUGCUCUCCUCAUUUCCAGUAAAGGCAGACCGUGCAGAGAGUCCCUGUGUGGAUGCUGCCCUGGACACUCUAGUCAGAAGGUCAGUUUGAAAGACCGUGUCUUCUCCAGCCCCCGAGGCGUGGCUGCCAAGGGGAAGGGGUCCCCGCAGGCCCAGACCGUCCGGCGGUCACCCAGUGCCGACCAGAGUCUGGAGGACAGUCCGAGCAAGGUGCCCAAGAGCUGGAGCUUCGGGGACCGCAGCCGGGCACGGCAGGCCUUCCGGAUUAAGGGUGCCGCGUCCCGACAGAACUCAGAAGCAAGUCUCCCUGGUGAGGACAUCGCAGAAGACAACAAAAGUUGCAACUGCGAGUUUGUGACCGAAGAUCUGACCCCGGGCCUCAAAGUCAGCAUCCGGGCUGUGUGUGUGAUGCGGUUCCUGGUGUCCAAGCGCAAGUUCAAAGAGAGCCUGCGGCCAUACGACGUGAUGGAUGUGAUUGAGCAGUACUCGGCUGGUCACUUGGACAUGCUGUCCCGCAUCAAAAACCUGCAGUCCAGGAUAGAUAUGAUUGUGGGCCCCCCACCCCCUUCAACUCCCCGGCACAAGAAGUACCCCACCAAAGGACCCACGGCCCCUCCGAGAGAGUCACCCCAGUAUUCACCUAGAGUGGACCAGAUCGUGGGGCGGGGCCCAGCGAUCACCGACAAGGACCGCACCAAGGGCCCGGCUGAGGCAGAGCUGCCCGAGGACCCCAGCAUGAUGGGCCGGCUGGGGAAGGUGGAGAAGCAGGUCUUGUCCAUGGAGAAGAAGCUGGAUUUCCUGGUGAGCAUCUAUAUGCAGCGCAUGGGCAUCCCCCCGACGGAGACGGAGGCCUACUUUGGGGCCAAGGAGCCAGAACCAGCGCCGCCAUACCACAGCCCCGAGGACAGCCGGGAGCACGGAGACAGGAACGGCUGCAUCAUCAAGCUCAUCCGCUCUGCCAGUUCUGGGGGCCAGAAGAACUUCUCGGCGCCUCCGGCCGGGCCCCCAGCCCAGUGCCCACCCUCCACCUCAUGGCAACAGCAAUGCCACGCACGCCAGGGCCACGGCACCUCCCCCGUGGGGGACCACGGCUCGCUGGUGAGGAUCCCGCCCCCGCCCGCCCACGAGCGGUCGCUGUCGGCCUACAGCGGGGGCAAUAGGGCCAGCACGGAGUUCCCGAGGCACGAGGGCGCCCUGCGGGACAGUGACACGUCCAUCUCCAUCCCGUCUGUGGACCAUGAGGAGCUGGAGCGUUCCUUCAGCGGCUUCAGCAUCUCCCAGUCCAAGGAGAACCUGGACGCGCUCAACAGCUGCUACGCGGCCGUGGCACCCUGCGCCACAGUCAGACCCUACAUCGCGGAGGGCGAGUCAGACACGGACUCUGACCUCUGCACCCCGUGCGGGCCCCCGCCGCGCUCUGCCACUGGGGAGGGCCCUUUUGGCGACGUGGGCUGGGCCGGGCCCCGGAAAUGAGGCUGCCCGCCGGCCUCUCCCUGACUCUUGGCCUUCCAGGUUUGCAGAUGGGACUCUCCGGGACCCUGUCCUUAGAGCGACACAGGUGGGGGGGCUUGUGCGAGGCGACGGGCGGGCGGGGGGCUCCUUGGUCUCACGCGCUGCAGGCUGACAAGAGAUCUCUUUUAACAAGGGGCAGCCAGGCCGGCUGUGCCCACUGAGACCGUUGGCCCGGGUGUGAGCGGGGGUGACGGCUGAGGACAGACCCCUGCCGGUAGGGGGGAGGCGUGGGGUCAAGGAGCAGGGCCCGGUGAGGGUGGCACCUAGGAGCACAGGAUGGGUGGCCUUGAGGCCUGGUGGGGAGGGAGUCUGGGCCUGUGGCUACGGCGGCAGGAGGUGCGCUGGCCCCUGGGGCGUGGCUUGCCCAGGGCGUGUCCCUCCGUCCCUGCCCCUGCUAGUCCACGCAGGGCAGGCAGGCAUGACGGGCGACCUUCCAGAGAGCUGCUGGUCAGCGCCAUCUUCCCCCAACCCCGGGUUCCGAGCCAGUCCCAAGUCCAGGACGCUGGCCUGGAGAGAAGACGGUGGGGCCUCAGGACCUACCAGCAUUGGCUCCUGGGGGGAGGGGCUGCUUCACAGUCUUCUGGAGGAGGGUCCUUGGAGGCUCCCCCAGCCACAGGAGAUCUGGGGAUGGGCACCCCCGUGUUCGAGCUGUUCUGCUCAGGCUUGGCACCAGCCACCAGGCCACGGCCAGCACUGAAAUGGAGACCCGUGUGCAGGGAGCGUGCUGGGUGGCUGGGGGCAUCCCCUGGGCUGGGAUCCCGUUUCCGGGUCCCAGAGCCAGGUGGGUUGUGGUGACCAGGUUCGCAUGUUGUCUUUCACUGGGGGCCCUGCCUACUGGUCCCUCAUUGGUGCCUCGGCAGGACCCAGGGCUAGAUGAUGAUGCUCUAACUCCUGGGAAAAGCCUUCAAAGCCCCUCAAGGGUUGGUGAGGUUCCCUCCCUCUGCGGAGCUGACACAGCUCUAUCCUGUAGGAAGGAAACCUCUGUGUCCCCACUAGGGCUGACCGUCCGCCGCCCUGCUCUCCACUGACCAGUCCCUUGGCUGUGACUUCUUAGGAGUCAAGGAUGCCCAUCUCCACCCUGGGCCUCAGGGAGCAGGGCCCCCAUCUCUCCUGUGGUAUAGGCACCUCAACCCCAGGGACAGCAGCUUUGGGAUCUGUCUUCUGGGCCCUCAGCAGUCGGUGUGUGGGGGCAUCUGGCAUUGGGAACCGUAAGUCUGGGUGCCUGAUGCCCUCUCUGAGGCAGUGACCUCUGGUGCACUAGAGCUGGGUGCAGUGAGGCCCGCUACGGAAUGACUUCCCCAGAAAACUAGCUCCUGGGACAGCCCUGUUGUGACUUGGACCAGAAGUGGUCAGUGGGAGAGUCGGGCCUGUCCUCUGGGAAGGGCGUGGAGGGCUGUAUCUGAGGGUCCUGGGCUCCGGGCUUGGGGUCCUGGUGCUUAGAGGGCCUUGGGGAGUGAUGCCUGCCCCCUCCCCUUGCCAGGACACCCCGGGUCCUGCCGUGGGCAGCUCCUUGCAUGAUGGGCAGCCAGAGGCUGGGCCGGCCUGUGCUUGCCCAGAGUGGGAGGCCGCAGGCUCAGAGUUGGGAACCGCUGCUCAUGUCAGGGCCCCAGCACGAGGAUGUCCCCCUUCCUAGCCUCCAGGAAGGGCAGGUGUGGAAGUAAGUGGCCCCGUGGCCUGGAAGGGAGGGCACACUGGCUUUUCCUCACACUGAUGAACCUCGUUCCUAAGGGCAGUGUUUCUCUGGCCUUGGGCCUCACAGUGAUGAGAAAAGUCCCUGCCCGUGCAGAUAACGUGGGUCCCUGGUGUGGCCUGUGUGUUGUGGUCCUCCUAUCCCUGCCUCCCUCUGGGCUCAGCCCCCUUCACCCUCCCACCAUGGGGGACUCUGGCUGCAGGCCCCCGGGCAGGGCAUGAGUCACGGGGUAGCAUGGCCACAUCUGUCCCCAGCUCUGGCCAGCCUUGCUCGAGGCCCUGGAAGAGUUAGAGCCGUGGUGCCAGCAACAGGGACCCCUCCCCUGUCGGGGGCUUCAGGCCCUGGGAAGAGGGGCCCUUUGUCCCCACAGAAAGACUGCUGUCCCACACACUCCCUGUGCCGUGCGCCCCUGGAGGCUGAGGAGCUGGCCUCGGAUGGGCAGGAGGGGUCUCCCAGGCUGCAGCUGGGGGGACAGGCUAGCCCGCCGGCAGGUCCUGCAUCCAUGAGAGGGUGUGAGGUCUCCUGCGUGGAGUCUCUGACCCCUUGGAAGGGAGGCUGGUCUAGGGCCACAGUUUGGGGGGAUGGAGUUGUAGAGACACCUUCUUGGGAUGCGCGGACCCAGGCCUGAGCAGUGUGCGUCCCUGCCCUGGGGCCCCGCUUUCGGAGAAGAACAGCAGGAGGACGCUUCCACGGAACGUGUGUGGGGCGUGUGUGUGAUGCGAGUGUGGGUCAGGGCAGUUGUCACCCCUUGGCAGGUGCAGCAAAGAUUUCCUAAGACCAGGGUUGGGCUGGGGUCUGCCCCCCCACAAGCCCACACUCCUGUGCUCACAUUCAGCUCACACAUGUGCACACACGUGCGCGCGCACACACACUUGCCGUCAUGUGUGCACACACACUGCGUUCCUGAUGUCGGUGGCCCUUCGUCUGAUCUCUGUCUGGGUCUGCCCACUUUAAGUCCCAAGGAAUGAGCAACUUUGAGUGACAGGUGGCCCUUGGCUGGGGUUCUGCUGGCCCAGCAGCUGUCCAGAGCCUCUGGUCAGCUGGAUGCCAUGACAUGGCUUGGACCGGGGAGGUCCGGGUGUCUAGUUGUGACCCUGGGGCCCUGGCCAGCUCCCUCUGCCCUUCUUGGCCAUGUGGGUGUUGCCCCCUCCCUCCCUGGCAUGUUGUGGCCCCACAUCUCCCCCUUGUCCACGUAAACUCAUGAGCCGUGGCCGCACUAGGUUCCCUGGAGGACGGAGGGGCCCUGGCCACGUGGCAGAAGCUCCCCCUGGCCUGCCCACCCUGCCCCUCCCUAUGGGAGGCCAGGUGUUCCCCUCCUCUGUGAGCACUGGCCUCAAGCCCCUGUUUGGAGGCUCUGGGACCCCACGCUGCAGGGGCUGCUCUGUAGAAGCCUAGCAGGAGGCGUCGGGACGCGCCUCGCGGCCAGCCCUAGUUCCCCAGCCCAGAGCGCAUGUGUCAGCCAGGCAGGGUCGGUGUCUUUAACAUGGUGGUUUAGUUUAACCGACCUUUUCCCCUCGUACUAGGCUGGAGUCCCCUGGUGGUCACGGAUUCAACACAUUAACACAGGAGAGAAGGGGGCGGCAUCCUCUCUUCCGCCGGCCCCCACAUUUGGGGGGUACUCCGUACAGCAGGUGCCCCCCCGCCUAUGCUGUUUGUGGAUGGAAUCGGCCCUGAGACGUUUCUAGAUGCUUCUUGAAGCCCAGAGGUGUGGACGGCCCCUGGGAGGCCUCUGUAGAAAUGCUGAUGUUUGUAUCUAUUUCAUAUUCCCUGAAUUGUAAAUAAUGUACAGAGCGGAGGGUGCUCGUCCCUGAUGUCACGCUGCAAGACCAGAGUGACAACACAGCGUCCCACCCUCUGAUGUCACGAGCCCUUGAAAUAAACAUGGUGUGCAGAGGGACGGUCUGACAGCCCAUGGAGGGUUUGGGGGCAACCCAGCAGGGUGGCUGAGUCCCGAGCAGCCAGUGGGGCUCCGUGCCCCUGGUGCCCCCCAGUGCUCACUGGCUCAGAAUCAGACGUGCCCUUCCCUGACCGAUGCCGUCCUGAGUGGUCCUCAGCUGCCUUCCGUGACCCCGGAGUGGAUCUUCAGGCCACCUGCUUGGAUGGACCGAUCCUGGGUGAGGGGCAGGAGGGCCGGGUGGGGCCCAGAAGUAAUGGGCUGCCUACUUCUAGCACCCAGGGGAGGCUGUGUGCCGUCCCAGGCUCCGCUGGGCCCCUGCCAAGCACUAAGUAGGAGGGACAACCAGGGAGAGCUUCCUGAAGGAGGCGGUGUGGUUGGGACUGGGGGCUUGCUCCUCUCUUCUAUCCAAGAGACCCGGGAAAGCCAGCUGCCCAGGCCAGGACACUGGGUAGCCCCUGGAGCGUGCGCGAGUGGGGGCCACGGUUCUCUGGAUAUGCCAUCUUGUGGGGGGUCGGGGCUGACAGCAGAUCCCAGGAGGAGAUGUUGGAGGGAGAGCGGCUUUAGCAAACAGGGUAGAGAGAGCGAGGAAGACACGCUCCCUGGCAGGUGAGACCCUCCGUCAACUGCUCAGAGGUAUCCGGGGUGUUGGAGGAGCUGGGUGGGCUUUUGGACAGAUGUGUGCGUGUCCCUGGCUGGCAGAGGACGCCAGGGAGACCCUGGGGAUCACCCAGGUCGGGUGCAGGGGGAGGGGGCCCUGAGGGGGGUGGCCUCAACCCCGGGCCCCCCACACCACACGCCCAACUCUGGCCGGGUUUCAUAAUGUCUUGCCUUAAUGCACGUUGACGGAAAUUCACCGAGGUCGCCCCAGGCCCCCGGCGUCUCCCGGCCCUGCACCGGACCCUGCCUCCUCCUGGUCCGCGGGACCAGCGCCAUGGACGGAUGCAGAGCAGGCAGCGGACCUGGAACUGGCCUUGCGCCCGCCGGGGCUCUAGGCGCGGCUCCAGGCGGUGCGUCCGCCGGGACCCUUCUCACCCCGUCCUGCGCCCACCCUUGCCGUUCGCCGCCCCGCGGACCCCGUCUGCGCUGUUGCCUUGGUCGUCUGCACUUUGUUCAUGCUCCAAAGAAUUCUUCAUGAUGCCUUCCGUACUGACGUACACUUCCAACCACGUGUAUGCGUCCUGCACCAUAGCCGCCGGGCCUUUCUGUUUUCGUGAAUGUGUUACCACCGCACACUUGACCCUCGACUCGCGCAUUGUCCGUUUUCUAGGGAUAGACGCCCAGGGAAUGAACUCUAGUUUUGUACGGACCAGCCGAGAUGAUAACUUGUUCAACUCACUGUCCGGUUCACACUUGUCCCCAAGAACAGGGCCCAGCCCGGGUUUGCCCAGCGACUUCAGGGGUGGAAUCUGGCAGCAGGGACGCAUGUGAAAAGUUCCGGAAAUUUCUACUGCCACGGGGACCUGUUUGGAAGCCCAGUGGACCUGUGCACUUAGUAAAACACAGUGAUUCAACCUG